UUUUGCUUGUGUGAGUAACAAACAGUGUAAUUUUUUGGUUCCAGAAGAAAAUUUAUUAAUUAUUUAUAAUAAUUUGACAGCUAGCCAUAUUUAUGUUUCGUUGUCUUACUUAAUGAAAUUAAUAUUUUUUUUACAAAAAUUGCAGUACAGUUUGUUAUGGUUUAAUAUAAAUGUUACUUCAUGAUAAAAUAUAUAUUAGAUCCCUUAGAUUAAAUAUAGUGAUAGACCUAUAAUAAUAUUAAUAAGUAUUCAAAACGGCUUUGAUUACAAUGAACGAGAAUACAAAAAAGAUUCUUUUUAAUAAGUCUACGUUGCUCAGCCUUAAAGCAGAGCUUUUAAAAAAACAGGAACAGGUUUUAGAGCAGAAGCAAUUGCCUAAGAAUAAAUUAGAGAACUUUAAACCAUCACAUGCUAAUAAUACUCAUGCAGACAAAAAUGCUGAUAAGUCAUCAAAACCAAGUUUUAAAGAAAAAUUGAAAGCUGUUGAUACAGAGGAAUUGGAAGCUUGUAGGAAAGCCAAAUUAGUAUUGGAGAAGAAAACAGAGUUAUAUGAACAUCUGUCGGAUGGUGCUGGUAAUUCACAACUUGCUGGUAGAUUUCUUGUUGAUUUUAAAUCUAAAAAGCAAGAGCAGGCUAUAGAAUUUUUAGUCAAGAACUCUAACAAUAUUGAAAGUGCAAGCAAUGAUGAUGGAGGUAUAUCAUUUGUACAGGACGAUCCAAGUGAAUGGACUGAGUUCACGGAUUGUUUGGGGCGAACACGCAAAUGUCACAAGUCUGACUUAGAAACAUAUCAGAAAAGAGAUAAAGACCUAUUGAGGGCAGUUAAUAAGGAUAAAGCAAAUAUCGGAGUGGAAGAUGAGGAAAAAAGUGAUGUAUCUACUACAACCACAGAGAAACCGUUUUUGGUGCAAAAGACAAAUGAUUACCUGUUGUCAUUACGGCAAAAAUGGGAGGAAAAAGAGAGAGAUUUAUUAGCCAAAGAUAAAGACAUACAUUAUCAAGACUUGCUGUUCGAUGAGGCACGUAUACACGGUGUCGGUUAUUACUCGUUUAGUACCGACGAGACAGAACGUCGAAAGCAAAUGGAAGAGUUGGUGAAGCGUCGGCAAGAAACAUUGAAAGCGCAACAGGAUGCAGAGGAGGCUAGAAAAAAACGAGAUGCUCUGUUGGCUGCCAGGGUGGCGGCGGCACGAGCGCGCCAGAGGGCCAGGGCUGGCCUUCCGCCUGAGGAACCGAAAGAUAAUGAAAAUGAUUUCACUACACGUUUAAUGGAAUUUUUAACGCAACAGAAAAAUGAAGCCGAUGAAAAGGCGAAACAAACUGAAACGAAAAUUCGUGAGGAGCAAGAAAAAGAAAGACAAAAGUUACGUGAGGCCUACGUACGUGAAUGGGAUUUGGGCAAAGAGGGAGUUGAUGAGAAAAUUAAGAAGUUUAGGGAAAUGACACAAGAAGAAUAUGUUGAUCAACAGAGAGACAAAAGAAUAGAAGAAUUCGCCCCACCACAGACUUUACAGAUCAAUAAAUCUAACUAUUCAUUUGACACGACUGGUAGAAUGAUUAAUUUAGAAACAAAUAUGCCAGUGGAAAAGAGAUGGUCAGACGUUAGACCUAGAGUAAAAACUCCACCACCACCUAUUAUUGGGGAUAUAAGUGAAGAAAAGGGACUUUAUUUUUCUACAGUUAAGAAACCUGGACAUAAUGUUAAGUACAGAAAUUUUAUUAAAGCUCACGAAGAUACUCCCAUAGUAAAUGAGAUUGAUGAAAAUGAAGAUGCCGUUCAAGAUCGAAGUAACAGGCCCGUGAAAAGAGCAAAUGAAACAAACCAUAUAGAAGUAGCUCCACCGCCAACUUAUGACUAUUAUGGACCAGUACCUAAACAUGUUAAGUUUGAAAAACCAUUUGUGUCUGAUAUUAGAGAAGCAUAUGCACAAGGAUCUAAAAGUUUAGAAACCAAAACGAGUAAUAAGCAACUACCAAAGCAUUAUGAUUUUACUUUUGAUUGAUUGCUAUUUAAAUAAAACAUU